AUGGCAUUGGAGGAAUACGAGAGAACCACCAGUUCAGAUGGUGGGAAUGCUUCCCUGAAACUGGUAUGGGAUUCAGAAAAAGAUAAUUUCUUGUUAGACUCUCUUCUGCCGUUCCUAGCCUCUCAAGCCGGAUUGGAAGGUGAAUUGACCUCUGAAAAGUACGAAGAGAUCUUACAGAAAUACAGCGUUGUGGUCGAAAGUGAUGAUGACGACCAGAAGUGGACUUCUCGUGCAAAGACGUGGGAAUUAUUGAAGAUUUUAAAUUUUGCAGACGCGUUCCAAGAUAUUUUCCAAGAUGAGGUAGUUACAGAUGAAGAUGAGCCUUCUGCCAAGAGAAGAAAUGAGGAGUCACAUAUACAACUUGGGUCACCCUUGAAGAAACUCAAGCAAUCUGAUACCUUGCCUAUCCGAACUUUUUCACAUGAUUUACAGCUACCCACCCCGCUCGCUACCAUGCAUGCGAAAAGCCCGGUUGGUAAUUUUCAACCAGAAGAACGUGUAAAGCUGGAAAGUCUUUUACAACAUAUUCUCUUUCCUGACACGCAAACGCUGCAAUUUGAUGCAGUGUUGCAGGACCUAAACAACUCUUAUCCAACUGCCCCUCUCAAUUUAAAUUUACCUAUAGAUGAGCAUGGGAAUACACCUUUACACUGGCUUUGUUCGAUUGCUAAUAUCCGCUUAAUCAAAGAUUUUAUUGAGCAUCAAAGUGACCGACUGCUAGGGGAUAAAUCGGGUGAAUGCCCGCUGGUGAAGGCAGUCAAAUCCGUCAAUAACUACGAUUCCGGAACUUUUGAAGAACUACUUGAUUACCUUUAUCCCUGCCUCAUACUUGUUGAUGAGAUGGGACGAACUGUGCUUCAUCACAUAGUUAUAACCUCUGGGAUGCCUGGAUGCGCGGCUGCUGCUAAAUAUUAUCUUGAUAUAUUGAUGGGGUGGAUAGUGAAAAAGCAGUCUCGCGAAAUCGAUGGGGAACUAGAUGCAAUCAUCUCUACUUUGGACUUGAAAUGGUUUAUCAGUCAUAUUCUCAAUGCGCGUGAUGUCAACGGUGAUACUUGUUUAAACAUCGCUUCACGUUUGGGAAAUGUUUCCAUCGUAGAAGCUCUGCUUGAUUACGGUGCAGAUCCACAAAUCUCUAACAACUCAGGGCUGCGCCCUGUAGAUUUUGGGGCUGGUACUGCUAAAUCUGAUAUGAAAUCAACUCAAGUUCCAAAUGUAAACUCACCUUCAACUGCAGGUCCAGACUCCUCGGUUCUGAUAAACAAUAUACAGUCCCUAUUGAACACUAUUUCGCAAGAUUAUGAUAUGGAGAUAAAACAACACAAUGAACAACUUGCUAAACUGCACUCGGAUCUAAGUGCUCAACGUGAACUUUUGGCCUCUUCUAGAGACAAGUUAGCAAAAUCGAGGCAAUUGCGCGACGAAUAUUCCCAACUGACGGAACAAGUGGCUAAUAUUCGGCAUGCCAUAAAUGAGGAAGAUGCAAAUUUCAAGAAAGUGAGCGCUGUGCUAGGAAUUGAUGAUGAAACUUUCGACAUGGCGGAAUUUGAUGCCGAUGAACCUUUUCGCAUCGAUUUCAUAUACGAGUUUCUCGAAAAGAAGCUACAAACAGAAUAUCAUGGGGAUUUACAACAGCUGCUAGAGUCAAAAUCAUUGGAAUCGUUAGCUGCUCAACUGCUGGAGGAAAAUUCGGGUAAGGAAGAGAUUAUUCCACCUGCAAUACUUUUACGUGCGCGUAUUUGUGCCUACGAAAGAAAUGAAGAGAAUUUGAAUAAAACUUUGAAUGAAGUUCAUGAACGUCAAGCUGACCUCGAAGGAAGAUUCAGAAGAGUACUUUCGCUCUGUCUAAAAGUUGACGAGGAUAAAGUUGAUGGAAUGCUUGAUGGUCUUCUACAAGCAAUCUCCACUGAGGAUCCAGAAGACGUUGAUACUGACGAAAUGCAAGAUUUUUUGAAAAAGCAUGCAGUUUAA